CGCAUCAUAACUUUAGAUAUAGAGGGGACCUUAGAACAGAAUUCAACCAGCUCAUUUAUAGAUGAGGAAAUUGAGGAUUGGGAGAUCAAGUGAUUUUCCCCAUGUUACCCACUUGUGAGAGGCAGGAUUUGAAAGGAGAACUUCAGACCAGAUCCAGAGUUCUUUUCACUGGGCUACACUGCGGGAGGUGUGAACUGGUAGACAACAUAUAUUGACAGCAUCUACCCAGGGAGUCCAGAGCCUUGUUUGACUAAAAGAACAGAUGGAUUUCGAUGCUACUGAUUCCCAUGCAGAUGACCAGCAAUUCUGGCCCCAAGGCUUCUUCUCCAAGACAAGGAUACGAUUAAGCCCUGGGAUGCACCUAAUAAUCCAUGGAGUCUUGAUCCUCCUGUCCUUGAUCCUGAUUAUAUCCAUUGGAAUUGUGACUGCUCAAUGUUCUCAAGCAAAAGAGAAUAUGAACCUGGAAAUCAGGAUGUUGAAGGACUCUUUGGAGAAGAUUAAUACAACUAACAAUAUUCUGAAACAGAAGUAUGGGAAUUUCACAAAGAAAUUCUCCAAGAACUGGAAAAUUUACAAUGGAAGUCUCUACUACUUCUCCUGUGAUAUUCAAUCCUGGGAUGAGGCUGAGAAAAUCUGUGUAUCCCAGGAUUCUCACCUGGCAUCUGUGACUUCUGUAGGAGAACAGGAAUUUCUUUACAAAACAUUGAAGGGAGAGAGACAUUGGAUUGGGCUGAAUGAUAAACACACAGAAGACACCUGGAACUGGGUAGACGGGACCGUUUAUGAUGCAGAGAAGAGCAAAGGGUUCUGGAUGCCAGGACAACCUACCAACUACCAGGGGAAAGAGGACUGCGUAGAGAUGAAAAUGGAAGCACUCACUUCCUGGAAUGAUGAAAACUGUGAAUUAAAAUACAAAUUUAUCUGUGAGAGUCCUCUUGGGUUCUCCCUGGACUUCUGAAGGAGCAUCUCUCAGCCUGAAACAGAAUUCUAAGGUCCCUGGUUCUGCAUCCAGGAUUUCUUCCGAGAUCCAGCCUCCUGAGACACUCCCAGGUUUUUACCUUAAGAUACUGUUCAAUCCACCUUGGAAAGAUGCAGGGAUUUCAAAUUUUGGAAUAGAACUCUGAUCCAGGAGGACUUCAAUCCCCAAUUCUAAAGCUCAAGCAUUCUCAGUCCUCCAAAAUCCUAUUCUCAAUAAACUCAUUGAAUGUCAGAGUUGUAAAAGAUCUCCAAGAUUAAAUCCAAGCCAGUAGGAUCCCCCUCUAUAAAACUUCCUCAUCAUCUCCAUCUCAUAGAAUCCCUAGCAUUUUUCAAAGUACAACUGACCUCAUACCUAUGCCUUGAAACCUUUCCUGAUCCCCCAAUUGCUAUCCUUCUCCUCUUUUUGGAAGUACUUUGAAUUACUUUGCCUAUGUGUUUUAAUUAUUUUUACAUGUUGUAUCUCUCUCUUCAUUUGAAUAUAAGCUCCCAGUGCCCUAAAGGUAUAAAACUGUGCAGUCCAGCAAUACCACUACUAAGUCUGAAUCCAAAAGAGAUGUUUAUGAAAGGAAUAAAGGACCUAUUUGUAAUAUU